ACCCGGCGGCGGCCGCCAAGAGCCUCGGGGCGCUGCGUGCCGUGCCGCGCCCGCCGCUCCGCGCGCACCGGCUCCGGCCGCCGAGGGCUCCGGCUGAUCGCGGCGGGGACGGCGCGGAGCGGCGCGCGGGCUCGGGGCCGCGGGGCCCGGCGCGGAUGCGGCAGCGGCGGCGGCGACGGCGGCGGCGGCGGCGGCGCUCACCUGAGGCGGCGUGCGGGAGGCGCUGUCAGGGCCGCGCUCGCCGGGCGCCGCGCUGAGGCAGCUCCGGGGCGCCCGCUCUCCACUCAGCCCGCCGCGGCCCUCCGCGCCCGACCGGCGUCCCCGCGGCUCGGUCCCCGCGUCCUCGCCCGCCUUCCCGCCCCGCGGCCUGCGGGAGCCGCGCGCUCCCCGGCGCGGCCUGCUCGCGCGCGCCCGCCCUCGCCGAAGCCCUCCGCGGCCCGCGACCCGCCGGACCCCCCGCUCGACCCCGCUGCCCGCGCAAGAUGUCGGCGCGGACGCCAUUGCCCACGGUGAACGAGCGGGACACGGAGAACCAUACGUCUGUGGAUGGCUACACUGAAACACAUAUCCCGCCUGCCAAGUCAAGUAGCAGACAGAACCUUCCCCGGUGUAGAAACUCCAUUACGUCAGCGACAGAUGAACAGCCUCACAUCGGAAAUUACCGCUUACAGAAAACAAUAGGGAAAGGAAAUUUUGCCAAAGUGAAAUUGGCAAGACAUGUUCUAACAGGUAGAGAGGUCGCUGUGAAAAUAAUAGACAAAACUCAGCUAAACCCUACCAGUCUACAGAAGUUGUUCCGAGAAGUACGAAUAAUGAAGAUACUGAACCAUCCUAACAUAGUGAAACUGUUUGAAGUUAUUGAAACAGAGAAGACACUCUAUUUGGUCAUGGAAUACGCAAGUGGGGGUGAAGUCUUUGAUUACUUAGUUGCCCACGGAAGAAUGAAAGAGAAAGAGGCCCGUGCCAAAUUCAGGCAGAUUGUAUCUGCUGUACAGUAUUGCCAUCAAAAAUGCAUUGUUCACCGUGAUCUUAAGGCUGAAAACCUUCUCCUUGAUGCUGAUAUGAAUAUUAAAAUUGCUGACUUUGGUUUUAGCAAUGAAUUCACAGUGGGGAACAAAUUGGACACAUUCUGUGGAAGCCCGCCUUAUGCUGCCCCCGAGCUUUUCCAAGGCAAGAAGUACGAUGGGCCAGAAGUGGAUGUGUGGAGUCUGGGCGUCAUUCUCUACACGCUGGUCAGUGGCUCGCUGCCGUUUGAUGGCCAGAAUCUAAAGGAACUUCGGGAGCGAGUCCUUCGAGGGAAGUACCGCAUCCCCUUCUACAUGUCCACAGACUGUGAGAAUCUCCUGAAGAAACUGUUAGUGCUGAAUCCCAUAAAGCGGGGCAGCCUGGAGCAAAUAAUGAAAGACCGAUGGAUGAAUGUUGGUCAUGAGGAAGAAGAGCUAAAGCCGUACUCUGAGCCUGAGCUUGAUCUCAGCGAUGCAAAAAGAAUAGACAUUAUGGUCACCAUGGGUUUUGCACGAGAUGAAAUCAAUGAUGCCUUAGUAAGUCAGAAAUAUGAUGAAGUUAUGGCUACUUACAUCCUUCUAGGUAGAAAACCACCCGAGUUCGAAGGUGGUGAGUCACUGUCCAGUGGGAGCUUGUGCCAGCGGUCGCGGCCGAGCAGCGACCUGAACAACAGCACCCUUCAGUCGCCUGCUCACCUGAAGGUCCAGCGGAGCAUCUCGGCCAACCAGAAGCAGAGGCGCUUCAGCGACCACGCCGGCCCCUCCAUCCCCCCUGCCGUCUCAUACACCAAGAGGCCUCAGGCCAACAGCGUGGAGAGUGAACAGAAGGAGGAGUGGGGCAAAGACACAGCCCGCAGACUUGGCAGCACCACAGUGGGAUCAAAGAGCGAAGUCACAGCCAGCCCCUUGGUGGGGCCAGACAGGAAAAAGUCCACAGCGAGCCCAAGUAACAACGUAUAUUCUGGCGGUAGCAUGGCGAGGAGGAAUACGUAUGUGUGUGAGAGGAGCACAGACCGGUACGCAGCCUUGCAGAAUGGAAGAGACAGCAGCCUUACAGAGAUGUCUGCCAGCAGCAUGUCCUCGGCGGGCUCCACCGUGGCCUCUGCUGGCCCCUCAGCACGUCCCCGCCACCAGAAAUCUAUGUCAACCUCUGGCCACCCUAUAAAAGUUACACUGCCAACCAUUAAAGAUGGCUCAGAAGCGUAUCGGCCUGGCAGUGCAGCUCAGAGAGUGCCUGCUGCUUCUCCGUCUGCUCACAGCAUCAGUGCCAGCACUCCAGACAGGACCCGCUUCCCCCGAGGGAGCUCCAGCCGAAGCACUUUCCAUGGGGAACAGCUCCGAGAGCGGCGCAGCGCGGCUUACAACGGACCACCGGCCUCCCCAUCCCACGAAACGGGUGCGUUUGCACAUGCCAGAAGGGGCACGUCAACCGGCAUCAUCAGCAAAAUCACCUCCAAGUUCGUCCGCAGGGAUCCAAGUGAAGGCGAAGCCAGCGGCAGAGCCGACACAGCCAGAGGUUCAUCGGGAGAUCCCAAAGAGAGAGACAAGGACGAGGGCAAAGAGGCCAAGCCCCGCUCCCUGCGCUUCACCUGGAGCAUGAAGACCACGAGCUCCAUGGACCCCAACGACAUGCUGAGGGAGAUCCGCAAGGUGCUGGAUGCCAACACCUGUGACUAUGAGCAGAAAGAGAGGUUCCUGCUCUUCUGCGUUCACGGAGACGCUCGGCAGGACAGCCUCGUACAGUGGGAGAUGGAGGUCUGCAAGUUGCCUCGGCUCUCACUCAACGGGGUCCGCUUCAAGCGAAUAUCUGGGACAUCUAUUGCCUUUAAGAACAUUGCAUCCAAAAUAGCAAAUGAGCUUAAGCUGUAACGAUGCGUAGGCUUCGGGAUCAGGGAGGAUGCACCACACCUGAGUACAGUGUCUGAAUGUACUGGUGAUACCUGUGUGGUCCCGCUGUGGAUCGCCCAUGUAGAAAUUGUCCUUAAUGCAAUAAGGUUAUACAUAGUUAUGAGCUGUAAAAUUCAAGUCAGUAUGAGCUAUAAUAAUCGUAGCUUCAAAAGUAGGUUCACAUGUACAGGUAAGUAUAUUGUGUAUUUCUGUUCAUUUUCUGUUCAUAGAGUUGUAUAAUAAAAUAUGAUUGCUUUAAAACCUGUAUAGUUGUCUAGAUCUCCACACAGAAAUGUACGUUUAAUGCUUUGAGUUGAAAAGGAUUUCCCCUGUUAUUUACAUUCUGGUGUGUUUUUAAAAUUCUUACCUCCAUCAUGCUGUUUUGAAAAUUGUGUCGAGGAUUAAAAGCGCACAGAAAUAGUCUCUAAAAUUGUAGCAUGAAGUUUAUAGAAAUUAUUUUAAACUCACAUUUAAUUUAAACCAGAAGUUGACAGUGGGUUGGUGUCCCGCAGUCCUCCUGCUUUCCCAGUCUCCGCCUGGGUCAGACAAGGUGUGGUUGGGACUUAGAGAAUGUCUACGGCGUGGCACCCAGACCUCCUAUACAAAGCCGACACAAGUCACAGCUCUGCCUUGAGCUAACUCAGAAGCGCCUCGAGGAAGAGUUGAGUCUUUACCAAGCUUACUUGGCCCUCUGGUUUUUCUGACCUGCUAAUUAGCAGCAGAGACUGAAAGAAUCCGUAGCUCACCCGGCCGGCUGUAAUGAAACAACCCAGCACUUGGGUUUGCUGCCUUCGGAAGACGCAGGGUAGCUGCGGAAACAGGAGCGUGUCGGGACGUCUCAUAGCACAAGCUCAUCCGUACAGUGUCGAUGAUUGCGUUGGCUGAGAUAUGAUGCCGCCUCAGGAAUUGACCCGAGUUGGGAGCAUCUGCCCCAGUGUCCUCCCAGCCUCCACCCUCCCCCACCACUCUCGUAUCUGUCAGUAACCGGAGAGGCCUGUGAGCAGGGCGUGCUCUCCAUGCCCGUUCACUACGGACUUAUGCUGCCUGGUGGUUCACUCUGCUCCCUCAAAACUCCUUUGUUUUCAAUAUUUUGCCCAAGUUCUCCUGUUUCUUCCACAUCAUUAUUCCAGUCAUGUGGAGCUUUGUAACUGGUCAUUUGCCUUCUUUCAUAAUUAGUGACGUAUGCGACGUAAAGCCACUAGAAAAGGCACAUCUUUUUAAUACUCAUUAUUUUCUACUGACUAGCCUUGGAGGUUGACUGUGCAAUGUUAUUUAAUGUUGUAAUUACUGUAAUAUCAGCACACAGGCCCCAUCUGCACACUCCUGAGAAAUAGAAAAUGUACUCAGAGCUUGUCAUUGAAAGGAAAGUAACGCUGUGGUCAGUGCUUGACAUUGGAAACCGCACUGGAAAGCUGCCGGUGGAGGGGAUGUCCUGGUCCACAGUGGCCUCCACACAAAGAUGCUCUUAUCUUCUGUACUGUACUGUGAUGUAGCUUUCUUCUGUAACAUUCUGUUCUAAAUGGUGUGUUUUCUUGCCUUAGGGAAGGGCGGUGUUAGCGGGGGGGGGGGAAGCAACAAAACAGAACUGUGUAGCCCCUUUUUAACCUGGUGUUCAUCCCAAGCAUUCGAUGCAGAUCUGCAUUCGCUCACUGGUGCACACUGAAACCUUACUUGAACAGGCCUCAUAAUAAAGCGUUUGUCUUUGGCUCUUUCUCGA